CGAAUAUUUGCGCUAUUUGCGGCGAUACUUUUAGGCACUUUAGGCAAAUACGCGGUCACUGCGAGUCUAUAAUAGACGUGCAUUGCCACAGAGCACCAACUUCUUAUCCCAACUCGCAUCCCUGCUCGAUCUGCAGUCCUGCACGCGUUAGCGCGUAAACAAGGGCUGACCGUGCGCUACAGCAACCACAGCAAAUUGCGUCGCAGCGUGCCAAAGGACACAUUCCACGCCGCCACCAGCAAGCUAGAAGUGCGCACCAUGGGCUCGAAAAAGCUCAUCGCGAAACUCACGACAAAACUCGGCCGCGCGCCCACGGCCGACGAAGUGGCCAAGGCCAAAGCCAAGAAGGAGAAGAAAAAGGCGAAGCGCGCUGCUGCCGACGACACGCCGCCGCCCAGCAAGAAGGCCAAGACCAACGGCAAAGCGGGGAAGACGGACACCGCUGCCUGGCGCAAGACUCAUGACGUCAAAGUCGAGCCCGACGACGGCUCCUUCGCGCCGCAGGGCACGUGGCGCGAGGCGCGCAGCAGCGUGGCCGAGCCGCUCGUGGCCCAGUGCGAGGGCAAGGGCUGGGCGAGUCCCACGCCCGUGCAGGCGCAGUGCUGGCCGGUCCUGAGCCAGGGGAGAGAUGUAGUGGCCGUGGCCGAGACGGGCUCGGGGAAAACCCUAGCUUUUGGCCUGCCAGCGCUGUCGAAAUUCGCCGCCGACGACGCAAAGGCACCCCGCAAAAACCGGCAGCCCGCGAUGCUCGUGCUGGCGCCGACGCGCGAGCUCGCCUGCCAGUCCUACGAAGUCUUAGAUGAGUUCUGCAAGAUCGUCGGCGCGCGCUGCGCCGUGGCCUAUGGGGGCGCGCCGCGCCACGAACAGCAGAGAACGCUCAAGAACUGCGCGGCGCUCGUCGCGACCCCGGGCCGCCUCAAGGACUUCAUCGACGACGGAAGCUUGGACCAGUGCACAAAUCAAAUUUCGCGGCGCUUCUCCGCUCACGGCUGAAUCCGCCAUCGACUCACUGGUUGAUUUGCGCACAGGUGUGGACCUCUCGAAGGUGCGGUUUUUGUGUUUUGACGAAGCUGAUAGGAUGUUGGACAUGGGGUUCAUAGAUGCUGUGAGAGCUAUAGCCGGCGCAUGCUCAUUGCCCAACAAGCUCGUGUGCAUGUUUUCCGCGACCUGGCCCCCGGACGUGCGCAAGGUCGCCGACGACUUCCUAAGCGCGGACCACGUCCGCUGCGUCGUCGGCGCCAAGCGUCUAGAAUCCUCGGGCCCAGAAGCGAACCGCCGCGUGGCGCAGACGGUCGUCGUCUGCGAGCAGCGGGCCCGCGACGGGAAAUUGAUCGAGCUCCUACGCAAAAGGUACCCUCAGGGAGGUGCCAGUUCGCACUACUCACGGUCUAGGCUCAUCGUCUUCGGGCUCUACAAGAAGGAGUGCGCCAGACUCGAAUCGGACCUCAAUCGAAAGGGCUGGCGGUGUGUUGCCAUACACGGCGACAUGAGCCAAGCGGCACGAACCAAAGCUUUCGAUGAUUUCAGAGGGGGCAAGGUACCGCUCCUGGUCGCGACGGACGUCGCCGCUCGAGGCCUAGAUAUCCCCGACGUUGAACUAGUGGUGAACUACUCGUUCCCGCUGACGAUCGAGGACUACGUGCACCGUGUCGGGCGGACCGGCCGGGCGGGCAAGAGCGGCGCGGCGCACACGUUCUUCCACGGUGAUGGCCAUGAGAAGGCGCUCGCAGGGGCAUUGCAAAAUGUGCUUCGUGCCGCGGGCGCCACGGUGCCACCCGAGCUCCUAAAGUUCGGUUCCACGGUCAAGAAGAAGGAAGACAAGAACUACGGAGCCUUCGGGCCGCGCGCGGACCUCGCCGGCAAAAAGGCGACGAAGAUCGUAUUCGACUAAGAAAAGCUACUACUACUAGUAAUCCCGAAAAAGAAAACUCGGAUAGAUACGA